CGACUGUAUGUCAUUGCUUCGGUUUAACAGUGGCCCCUUUGGUUUAAAGACCCCGUGAAUUGGCUUGAUGACAAGUUUUCUUUUGUAUGUUGCCAUCAGUUUUACAGCCAGACUACAAACCACAUAGCAAACCCGUACUUAACAUCUUGUACCGUGGAUGCAACCAAUCAAGGCAACUUCAAAAUUAAUCAAAUUUCUACUUUCUUUUUAAUCAGUUCAUGUUUUGGAAAAUAAACUGAUGAACCAUAAUUUGGCACUUCUUAUUACUAGUUGAAUGAAGGUAGUAUUUAUAAUUAAGAGGGACAUUCUCAUUCUGAAGAGUAUUUUAUUGGAUAAAAAUGAUAUACACAUCUGUGGACAAGAAGAUUCAUCAAUCUGUUUGGUCUCAUUAAUAGCUAACUACUAAACAGAAAACUUUCAUGUGGUCUUUAAUGUUGGCUUUUGUUUUUGGUAACAGUUGACAAAUAACAAACAAUAAAUGACAGGUAAGUGUGGAAAAUAGGGCAAAAUGGAUUUUAUAACCCUGCAUUUGAGUGCAACAUAAUGAGUCUUCAUUCCGUUUACAGGCUUGUCAAUGAGAAUGAAGUCAAACAGUGGCGGGACCAAGCCGAAAAGUUCAGAAAAGAACACUUAGAGCUGAUGGCUCGGCUGGAAAGGAAAGAAAGGGAGUGUGACACCAAGACACAAGAGAAGGAGGAUAUGAUGAAGACACUCAACAAGAUGAAGGACAAACUACAGAAAGAAGGAGUGGAGUUGCGCUCUGCCAGGGAGCAAGUAUUAGACCUGUCCUCCCGAAUAGGCGACUUUUCAAGUGGUGGAGUUCAUUUACCCAUUCCCCCUCCGCUUCCUGGGAGCCCGAUGGCUCCACCUCCACCACCUAUGAUGAUGGAUAGCUUCCCUCCUCCUCCUCCACCUAUUACUUUUUCUUGCCCACCCCCACCACCUCCUCCACCUCCCCCGGGAGGUCCUCCACCCCCACCUGGGGCCCCGCCCAUCUUUUCUGGGGUUCCACCUCCACCUGGACCUGCUUCCAUUAGCUCCACAACCAGCCUGUGCACAAAGAGCAUCCCCCAACCUUCACAACCACUCAAAUCCUUUAACUGGUCCAAACUGGGAGAGAACAAGAUCACUGGUACCAUCUGGUAUGAGAUUGAUGACAGAAGGGCCUUUAAAGUUCUUGACCUAAAAGACAUUGAGAAGAUGUUUUCAGCUUACCAGAGGCAGCAAGAGCUGCUCUCUAACCAAUCCUUCAAGCAG